AUGCUGUCUACCAAGCACGGCUCGCUGUCGAGACCUCAGUCGACUAUCGCUACUACCUCUCAUCCUUCCAAGAGAGACGGCGGUACUGCCAAGGAGAGUCAAAGGGGCGCACGCAAGUACCGCGCUCACAAAGGAUCCAAUCGCUUCUUCCUCUUUGGCCUCGUCAUGACGUCCGACGACAACCCCCUGCCCUUCCUCGCCAGCCUCGCGUACAUGGUCGCCCUGCCCGUGCUUUGGUUCGUCUUUGUGGCGCCCUUUACGUGGAGACACGUGAGCCCGGCGCCCGUCAUUGUCUUUGCAUACGUUUGGCUCGUCGCUGCCUCGUCAAUGUGUGUCACUGCAUGGAAAGACCCCGGUGUGCUCCCUCGAGACUUGGACCCAGAUCCACCAUGCACGUCUGGCGGGAGCGGGGAUCUGCUGGACCCCGAGGACCCCUUGGCGGUCCCCCUGCCCCGCGUGAUCCGAGUCAGAAACGGCACAGACCUCAAGGUCAAGUGGUGCGACACCUGCGGAACAUACCGGCCGCCUCGGAGCAGUCACUGUCGCGUAUGCGACAACUGCGUCGAGAAUAUCGACCAUCACUGCACUUUCCUCAACACCUGCAUCGGCCGGCGAAACUACUUUACCUUUUUCGCCUUUCUCAUCUUCAGCUUGCUUGCUUGCUUCAUCUCGAUUGCCUUCUGCGUUGUGCAGCUCUACCUCCUCACCAGACCUACGACGCAGAGGCUACCGGGUGGUGGCUUUGGCGAGGGCAAGGACUUUGGACAGGCGCUGAAGCACGCACCUCUGACGGCCGUCGUCUUUUUGCUUUCAGUCAUGGUCACGGCGCCACUUCUCACGCUCUUUGGCUACCACGUCCGGCUCGUGGGGAUGAACCGGACGACGGUUGAGCAAAUUCGCAUCAAUACAACGAAGCGCUACGGAGGCACUGAAGACAAUGCCUCGUCGAUCGGCGGCGACGAGAAGGGGCAGCGAUGGUGGCAGAAGGCGUCCCUCUGCCCUUGCUCCAAGCUCGGCGUGCCGGGCAAAGAUCCGAAUCCGUUUGCACUUAGAACCGUAUACCGGAACACACGGAGCGUGCUGUGCAGGCCCAACAACCGGAGCUGGAUCGACAGAAGGGGCAGGGAAGUCAUCGAUCGGAGGAAGACCAAUCCUGGCUGGGUCCAGCCUCAGCAACAAUGA